AUGAUUUCUGAACUAGCUAACGGCCCAACGUUCUUCCCACCACUGCAGGAUAUUGAGCCACUUCAAUUUAGGCUACUUGGCUCCGGAACCACAGCAACGGCUUUUCCCGUGUACUCCUCUAAAGACGUCCCGGACUCUCUUAUUGACUACAUGCAUCAGCAGUUCAACCAGGAAGUUGAGGAUGGCUUGACGUAUCCUUUCCAGGAUCCCAUGAGCAGAGAGGAAUUUGUUGGUUACUGGUUUUUGUCUUUCUGUGCGAUUGUGCUGAAAACAGACAAGACAGACAUCGACGCCAGCUGGACGAACUGGGAAGAGUUACUGCUAGGAACGUUUUACGUCAAGCCAAAUUACACCGGAAGAUGUUCCCAUAAUUGUAAUGCUGGGUUUUUGGUAAACUCUGCCCAAAGAGGACAAAAAAUAGGAAUGCGCCUGGGCCAAGUAUAUUUGAAAUGGGCUCCUUUGCUAGGCUACAAGAACUCUGUUUUCAACUUAGUUUUUGUGACCAACCCGGCCAGCUGGAGGAUCUGGGACAAGUUACAGUUUGAGAGGAUUGGGUAUCUCCCAAAAGUGGCCGUUUUGAAGGGCCACGAGGAACUGGUGGAUGCCAUUAUGUUCGGAAAAGAUUUGACGAAGAUCGAUCCCAAACUAACCGAGGACUUGCAUUUAUAG